GGCCCAUUUUAAAUGUGUUUUUGUGCUUGGUUUAUGUAGGAAUUUUGUUAAUUAGGCUGUUGUGAUGUUUUGGAGAGAAAAUCCCGUGUGUGUGCGUUGUGAAUGUAUAAGGCCUUCCACAUUAGAGUGGCGCAGCAGAAGCGUAGUAGGCCAUAUUCUGAUCAUAGAAAAACUCUCAUUAAACCCAGAAUUUUCCCAGAUCUACUCAGUGUCUCUUCCUCCCCUGUCCGUCGGGUUCUGCUGGGUGUGAACCUUCGGCUUUUCUGUUUCCCUGCAGAUGGCGCCGACUUCUUCUCCCUGCCAGCUCUGGUUUGCUUGCUGGAAUUUUGGUUUGAUCGUUCUGUCACUGUAGCACUUGGGUUAAGCCUUCUGUUUUGUGCGAGUGAGGAAGCGAAACCGAGGACGAGGAAAUCACGGGGAGUGAUGAGGUAGAAGGCUAGCCAUUCUUAUUGGAUAUAAGUUUUAGAUUUUAUCAUCCUUUUGUAAGGUAGAUUUUAUUCUUGAGAUGUUGUGAUUUGAAUAAGUUCCGAGCCUUGUG